AUGCCCAAAGCAUAUAUUAGAUUGCAGGUUGGACUUAUAUGGGCGCUGGCUGCCGCGCUGAGGCACGCAGGGUGCGUGUAUUUUACGAAUAAGGAUGCGAUGAGCUGCGUGAGGGCGGUUGUGGGCUGCGUGCGUGGGGAGGACGUGCUUAUCAGCCCGUGGUGGGCGGGGCACCCGCUGUGCAUAGCGAAGCUAGGGUGGCUGGGGUACGUGUACAACAUGCGGGCGUACUCGUGCGGGCUAGCCACGAGCUUCAGUCUAGUGCCGAGGAAAGAAAACGGAAAAGAGGUGUAUACGUACACGCGAGAGCCGGAGAAGGACAGGGCACACCAACCCGAGGACAUUGCCAGCGCUGUAGUACUUUUAAGAGAUAGAGGAUACAGCGUGAAGUUCCACCGCGCGCUGGUGCAUAUGUUCGGGCUGCAGAGGGACGGCAAGCUGGCGGUUGAAACUGGACGGCCGUGCUCUUUCACAGAGUUUCUUCGGGAGAGCUGCAGAACAAAAAAAGAGGCGCACUAUGUGCUGGCUGCGCUGGUCCUGCUAAGCGAGGGCGUUGACGUGCCGAUUGAGACCGCUGGAAACCGAGUGAUUAUAAAAAAAAGAAAAGGCAGCGAGGAGGCACUGGUGGACGCGCAUAUAAACGUGCCGGCUGUGGAGAGUGGAGAAAGGCAGCUUUCCGAGACGUGGCAGGUGGUAAACUUCUUCAAGCGGCACAGAGGCACACACAUGCUACCAAGCACGUACGAAGAGUUUAAAAUGGGCGGCUUUCUGGAGAGCCCGCAGCUCCUGAUCCUCACGUAUGUAGGCGAGUACGUGAAGAGCGCGGAAGAGCUCAUGUCUGUGAUGGAGUGCAUGUUUAACCUUCUGGAGGGAAUGGGUCUGGCAGAAAGCUUAAAAGACCCAGGCAGCGUGGUCGGGCGGAUGUUUAUGUCUGCCAGCCGUCUGUCAGAGGCCAGAGCGUUUCCGAGCCCGUUUUUUGACGCGCAGGCAGAAGCAGAAAAUUCAGAGUGCUUGAAAACCCCUGCAGAGCUGUAUGAGAGACUGUGCAAAGCAUCUGCGCAGUACAGGCAGCAGGCCUGCGCUUCGGGGCUUUUUCUUGCCGAGUGCAUAGACCGGAUGCCCAUGAAAAUCACGGAUCAAAGGGUUGAUGUGGAAAGCAUCCCAUACGUGCGAGCGGCUGCAAAAGAAAUAGUGGAUUACAGCCCGAACAAGCCGAACCGCUUGUUUCUGAAGCUGCCUACUUUCAACAUAGACAGCAGGCGAACUCUUGUUUACUGUUUUCUCCUAUACGCACGCGAAAGAUUUGGCGUGCUGGCUCCGGCCCAUCCGAUGGCGCGCCUGGUUACGAACCUGAUAGGAAGCGUCCAGCUCACAGACCCACAUCUGCAGAAAACAUUUCUGUGCGUGCCCAUAGCCAUUGGCGCGCUGCACGCGCUGUGCCCGACCGUGCAGCUGUCUGCAGCCCAGCAUGUAACAAUUUUCAAAUCGCGAAUGCUUGCAAAAUACGCAGGCUUGUUUUCUCCCAGAAAAUCAAACAUGCUCACAGGACAGCUGAUCAUAGACCACUUCCGGAUGUAUGCAGAGAAAACAGCAGAGCCUCUCUUCGAGUGCAAGCUGCUACGCACCUAUAUGGAUUUGCUUUUAAGGUCCCAUUUUCUGUUUAUAGAAAGCCCCUUGGAAACUCUGCAGGAAAUUGUCAGACUUGUUCUGGCAGAGCAUGCGGGCCAAGUCCCAGAAAAGGCUUUGGCGCUGGUGCGGAAGCUCACUCUUAGCUGGUUCAUCUAUAUGCUGACCAUGGGCCAGACCAUGGGCCACGCGGCUGUUAUCCAAAUUUACCAUAUUGUUGAGCCAGCCCACUUCGAGAGACAUUGA